GGACUGGGAAGAAAGGUAACAGCGUGAAAAUUAUAAAAGAGUGAUCGCUCGGUGGUUAUGGAGCAGUCGCUCGCAACUGUGCCAGACGGACGCAACAUUUUGGUCUGGAGGUAAUCAACGGAGGAAAGGGGUUGAAUCGAGGAUUAUUUAGAUAAAAAAAAAACAGUAAACAAUGGGAGCAAUUGAGUGGGUCACCGAGGCCGACGACUACGUCUGUCCCCUGUCUGAGGAGACGCAAAAAAUCGCGAAGGAUGAAUUGAGAGAGGACAAGAACACCCGAGAUCAGGCUCUGGAGCAGAUGAGAAAUUGGAUCAAAUUAAAUGCGAGAAUUGAAAAUUCUCGACUCGACGCUCAAUUCCUCCUUCGAUUUCUCCGCUGCAAGAAGUUUAAUGUACCUAUGGCCCAGGAAGCCACUGAGCGUUACCUACUCCUGCGCAAGGUCUACCAUCCAGCAUUCAAUAAACUGGAUAUCAACGAGCCCACUAUGUUGGAAUUGCUCAAGCUGGGGUACCUAUUUGCCGUUCCUGGGAGGGACUCCAAGGGCCGUCGACUGAUUGUCGCGAGACCUGGUGUCUUCGACCCCUACAAAUUCACCAACGCCGACAUGUGUAAGAUCCACGCUAUCACGUACGAGGCAUUGAUGGAGGAUGAAGAGAGUCAGGUGCGAGGGUUCGUUCAUUUCGCGGAUGGUGCCGGUGUCAGUUUCCCACACUUGACUUUGUUCACUCCCAGAGAAGCUGUUCGUAUCGUGAAAAAUGGAGAGCGCACCGUACCAAUGCGACACAAGGAAGUGCACGUGAUAAACGCCCACCCAUCGCUAAAAUUCGCUCUGGAUUUCGGAAUGUCUUUGAUCUCGGAGAAGAUUAAAAGUCGCAUUAACAUUCACACGAGCCUCGACGAAGCGAUCAAGUCCAAAAUGGACACGAGUAUGCUGCCCAAGGAAUAUGGGGGCACAAUGCCCAUGAGCGAAAUGAUUGAACUCUGGCGAAAAGAAUUGCUCGAACUCACCCCACGUCUGCUCUCCCAUGACAACAUGAACGUACACCUUCAUUUGUACUCGGAGAAGGCGCGAGAAGGCGCAGUUUCAGCACUGAAACAAGGAUUUGGAUGUGCGAAUGUGGGCAGCAGUGAUGGAACGAUCCACGGAAUUUCUGGUUCAUUCAGGAAAUUGGAAGUCGACUAAUCUCCGAUGUGCGCUAUUUUCUGUUUAGCUCGAUUUUUUUCGUUGUGAAAGGAAAGGAAAUUAGGUAACUAGAUUAAGAUUACUCCUGAAAUGACCUGAAUUUACAGCAAUGGUAUUAGAAUUUAAUCAUGUAGGUUUACUCUGAUUUAUAAAUUUUAUAGCGUAAGACUUGAUUAGUCGUGAUUAAUUUCAGGGUGAAUAUCCCCCGUUUCAAUAAUUUUCUGGUAUUUUUGUCUUGAAAUGAAAUCGUUCAGACUAGAAUUGAUUAUUACUCUAUCACAUUAAGAACAUAACUAGAAUAAUUCUGAGGUGAUUAUAUUAUUGUUUGAGCUUAUUCUUUUCGUCUCCACUACAUGAGCUAUAUCGUAACUGCUUGGUGUAGAUCAUUUAUUCUACAGUUUAUGUAACAUAAUUUCAAAAGUUGAUCAAUAAAGUCAUCACACUCACUAUUUUUCAAAAUA